UCCCCGGCCCGAAGGCUCUGCCACGAUCACCGUGGUCCCCGCGCCUCCGCCGCCCGCUGCCCAAAUCAAAUCCAGGUCCCCAAGGGUGACUGGAAGAAGGCUGCCUGGAACCUGCAGCCCCAACUCUCCUCCUCAGCAAUACCCCCUUCCAUUGUAAUCUAUAGCACUGCUGAGGCAGGGCUGGAGCAUGAAAGGGCCCUUUCUAAGGUCUCAGGAGUAAUCAAAGGAAAAAUGAAGGCAAAAGGGACCCAAAUCAGCAUUCUCAGCCCUGAGACACACUGGUGUCUAAGUUGUGUGGUCUCCGCCGAGAAGCACGGGGAAGCUUUUCUCCCUGCUUGGCUUCUACUUUUAACUCUUAGGAGCGUCGCUUAACACAUUCAGACUACAAUCCAGACCCAAGAAAGCAAGGCCCAGAAAGAGGUCAAGAUGGGGUUUAUAUUUUCAAAAUCUAUGAAUGAAAAUAUGAAAAACCAACAGGAGUUCAUGGUUACGCAUGCUGACCUUCAGCUGGAAAGGCAGCUAACACUGCAGAAUGAAAUGAGAGAAAGACUAAUGGCCAUGCAGAUUGCUUGGUCUCGGGAAUUUCUCAAAUAUUUUGGAACUUUUUUUGGCAUUGCAGCCUUCUCUUUAACAUCUGGAGCAAUAAAAAGGAAGAAGCCAGCCUUCCUCGUCCCUAUUGUUCCAUUGGGCUUUAUCUUUGCCUACCAGUAUGACUUGGGCUAUGGAACUCUUCUACAAAGAAUGAAAGGUGAAGCCGAGAACGUACUGGAUACAGAAAAGAGUAAGUUGCAGCUGCCAAAAGGAACGAUCACUUUUGAAAGCCUUGAAAAAGCCAGAAAGGAACAGAGUCAAUUCUUCACAGACAAAUGAAAUCAUGUUUACCCACCAGAUAUCAAAACACAGAAUUGUUGUCUUGAAUCAUGGCUUUUGCAAUUUUUUAAAUACUCAAGAUUUUGAUAUAAUGGAUUUAAUUUUAAAAAAUUAAAAUGCAAGAUGAGUUUUGUUAAACUAUUUUAAACUAAAAUUUAUAAUAUUCAACACAAAAUCAUGGAGGUACUCUAAAUAACUCUCAGAUUUCCUACAUUUAUGUGUGUUACAAAUAUCUAAAUGUAAAAUUAAUAAACUAUAUUGUUUUGAAUUCC